CUGCUCGUUAAACGAAGUAAAAGCACAAAAAGAAAAGAAAAAUUUGCAAACUGACGGCCGAAGAAGAAAAAUCUGAAAAUUUAUUAAACGUCGGGAAAAAAAACUACAAAAUUUUCGCUAGAUAUAAUAAAACUAACGUGGAAAAUUUGGAAAUUUUUUGUAAAUUAAAAAUUAAUAAAACGUAAUAGUGUUUAAUAGUGAAUAUAAUAAAAUAAUUGGACUUAUAGAAAAGCAAAGAAAACAAUAAUAUUGUGAAGUCGUGAAUUAACACAUUACAUAUUUAUUUUAUUAAUUUUCAAGCAUUUUUGUUUUGUGUUGUACUUUGUCUUAAUAAAAACAGUUUAUUGAAAUGAGUUCCACUGAAGAAACUAGUAGCCAAGCUACCACACCUCAAGAUGCACCCGAAGAUCAGUCCAAUGCCCGUGAAUUGGAAAAAAUUGAAGAAGAGAAACUAAAAUCGAAAUAUCCAGUGGGACUGAGGGGCCCUGGUGGUCAUACCGCUUUCUUGCAAAAGAGAUUACAAAAAGGGCAAAAAUAUUUCGAUUCUGGUGAUUAUCAAAUGGCCAAACAAAAAGGUGGUGGUGUCAAGCAGGUCUUUGCUAAUAAAGUUACAACCGGAGAAGCCAUACCCACACCUGAAACAGUGCCUGCGCGUAAAACUUCGAUUAUACAACCCUGUAAUAAAUUUCCUGCGACGAGUUAAGUUGUUAAUUUUAAUUCCCCCCUGAAAACAAAAACUAACUUCUUUACUCACACUUCUACUAAUAAUUAUUACAAAAAAAGAAAAGAAAUCCUCAACCUCAAAGUUGGAAAAAAAGGAAUGUUUAAACUUUUUCUCGCCUUUUCCUCCUACCAAAUUCUUAAAUUUGUUUUAACAAAACUUUUUAAGAAUUUUUAAGUGAAAUUUUGAAAAUUUUUCUUUUUUAAAUAAAAUCCCCCAAAACAGCAUUGUAUGCAAAAAAA